AUGGCUGUCCCCAUCCCCAUGACCUGUCUCCCCCAAUAUGCUGUGUUAGGUGCCCAGGCUGAGGUCAACGCCGAGGAAGUCGGUACCAUCAUGUGGAACUUUUUCAGCCAGCUGACCAGCAAUGCCAAAGAGGCAGUGGAGCAGAUACAGAAGACCGAACUGACCCAGCAGCUCAACACUCUCUUCCAGGACAAAGUCGGGGAGGCCAACACCUACGCUGAUGAACUGCAGAAGAAACUGAUGCCCUUUGCCAUCCACCUGCAGGAGCGCUUUACCAAGGAUUCGGAGACGCUGAGAGAGAAUUUUCAGAAGGAGUUGGAAGACUUGCGGACCAGGAUGGCACCCCACACCCAAGAAGUGAGCCAGAAGAUCCAGGACAACGUGCGCCUGUUGCAGGAGAGCCUGGGCCCCUACACCAGCCAGCUGAGCACCCAGGUCAACACUCAGACUGAGGAGCUGAAGCGCCAGUUCGCAUCCUUUGCACAACGCAUGGAGACCGCUGUGCGUGACAAUGUGGGUGGCCUCAAGACCUCACUGACCCCCAUCACUGAGGAGAUCAACGUUCAGAUCAGGCAGAACCUGGGUGAGCUCAAGGGGCGCCUGCAGCCUUAUGGAGACAAGCUCAAGGAGAGGAUCGACCAGAACUUGGCCGAGCUGGGCCAAAACCUGGCCCCUUUGGCCAAGGAUGUGCAGGAGAAGCUCAACCACCAGCUGGAGGGUGUCUCCUUCCAGAUGAAGAAGAACGCCGACCAGCUGAAGGCCAAGCUGGCUACCAGCACCGACGAGCUGCGGCAGAGGCUGGAGACCCUGACUGCCGACAUGCGGGGAAAGCUGAGUGGCAACACCGAGGAUCUGCAGAAAUCUCUGGAGGAUCUGCGCAGACAGGUGGACCAGCAGGUGGGGGAAUUCCAGCGCACCGUGGCCCCUUAUGGCGAGAGCUUCAACAAAGCCGUAGUGCAGCAGUUGGAAGAGCUCCGGCAGAAGCUGGGACCCUAUGCAGGGGAGAUGGAAGGCCACUUGGUCUUCCUGGAGAAGGACCUGAAGGACAAAGUCAAUUCUUUUUUCAACACCGUCAAGGCAGAGAACCAGGCCAAACUCCUGGGCCUCCCAGAGCAGGCACAAAAUCCAGCCCCUUUGGAGCAGGACCCGGCCCCUUUGGAGCAGAACCCGGCCCCUUUGGAGCAGAAACCCUCCCCUUUGAGCUAGAAUCCCACCUCUCUGGGCUAGAACGCUUCUCCUCUGAAGCAGAGCCCUUCCCCUUGGAAGCAGAACUCAACCCCUUUGAGGUAGAACCCCAACCUUCUGAGACAGGACCCUUUCUUUCUGGAGCAGAGCCACACUUCUCUGAAGCAGAACCAUGCCCCUCCACCCUAGAACCGCACCCUUCCGAACCAGAAACUUGCCCCUUUGGCACAGAAUCACGCCCCUUUGGGGAGCUGAACUGUCCCUGGUGCUCCUACCGCUCCAAUGUUAGCAACACCUGCCCUGCUCGCCCCAACUCAGUCCACCAGCCUGCCCCUAAGAGGAUUUGGUUUAAGCUUGACAUGUGUCCUGUGGAAAGGAAUACUACCCUGUACUUCUAAAUAAAGCAGCAGAAAAA